CUCAUGGCCAGCAGCUGCGAUGUGCAUGCGUGACACAUAUGCAAGAGCUCCUGUCCGCCUCUGAGUAGCCUGAACUCGUGCCACGACAAAAGGGAGAGGGAGGUUAGAGGUUUAUUUGCUAGCCUGUUAGCCUACAACUCGGUCGUGAGAUCAGUGCCCGAGCCGGGUCAGUUGGAGAUGCGCGCGGGUGCCUGGUGCGUGCGUCGCUGCGGGACCGUCUGCCUGCGCUGAAUUAUCGCUGCGCCUUUAUCGCUGUCACUUGACAGCACGACAGAACCUUUGUCCGACAGAGCGGUGGACCAAUCUUGAUAUUGAGCGACGGCUUGAUCAAGGAAAGCGGGCGAGAGUUACCAAGCAGGUUGCGCACCUCAAGCAAGCACAGACUCUACUUCACUUAACGUUAAAAACAGUGACCUUAUAAACGACAGGGAGCUUUUUAAUGAAUCACAGCUCAGACUCGGUUGUUUUUUCUAUCCUCCUUUCACUAAGCAUGUGAAACCAGGAUUAGCGAAGAUGGAUUGCAGCCUAAUGCUCCUGGUGCUGCUAUAAUAUAGGCUACACAACGCAGAGCAACUGUGGUGCAGAAGAACACAAUACUAGUGCCUAAGGACAGUCGGUUUGCCUUGAACACAGGUGUUUCUGAAAAUAUGCAGACGCAUAGCUAACAACCCGAGAGACGGACGAAGAAGUGAAGAAAAUAUCUGCACCACAAAUACAUGAACCGGCUGCUUUUCGUUUUUCUGCCUGCUUCAUUUUUCCGGCAUCACACUCAGUCGAAGGAAGCUGACGGUUGUUCGGAAAAAAAUAUCUCCGUGGCAACCACGAGUCUGCGUCUGAUCUCGAGGUAGACAUUAGAUUUGACUCCUGUGACAAUUUUAUAUUUUAUUAUUGCUGAUAUUAUCCUAAAGGAAAAGCUAUCCAAUAUUAUUCUCUGACUGUUGCAGGAUCUAUUAUGAUUUUCGGAACAUUGCAUGAAUGAUAAUGCAGUAGCCUAUGACUUGAUUCCCAUCAUUAAUUAUUUAUGACCGUAAGUUUCCUUUCAGCCUUAAUCUUGCACCCUGUGUGCUCAGUAACAGAGCCGCGGCGGGCGAGUACGAGUGUGUUAACGGUGACCCUGUCUGUCAGACCGUUAGACGUAGCUUGGCUAGCUACAGAAACACACCUAGCAUAUAAAGGGAGGGAACUGUUGGAUUGAUCAUUUUUAUGGGCAGCGAACAGGUAGAGUGCUCAUUGUGUACAAUCCAGACAGAUGCUCCGAGUAGUUUAGCUGGCAAUGAGUAAUUCACACUGACCGUUCGACAGGUGGACCAAGGAAAGACUGUGCGUAAAACGCGUCCUGUAGCUGAAGGUUUGUUGACGUUUGUCACACAUAACAAACCUGGUGUCAUUUUCGGACAAAUAUAAAUAUUUAAAAACUGAAUUAUGGUACCUGGGACUCCUGCAGCCAUGCUGCCAGCGUCGGAAGCUGCUAAGAUUUACCAGACUAACUAUGUCCGGAACUCCCGGGCCAUCGGUGUUCUGUGGGCCAUUUUCACUAUCCUCUUCGCUAUCGUCAAUGUGGUGUGCUUCAUCCAGCCGUACUGGAUCGGGGACGGCGUUGACACGCCGCAGGCAGGGUACUUCGGCCUCUUCCACUACUGCAUCGGCAACGGGCUGUCUCGGGAGCUGAAGUGUCAAGGCAGCUUCACGGAGUUCAGUUCCAUCCCCUCUGGCGCCUUCAAGGCCGCAUCCUUCUUCAUCGGCAUGUCAAUGGUCCUGGUCAUCACCUGCAUCGUCUGCUUCGCGCUCUUCUUCUUCUGUAGCACGGCCACCGUCUACAAGAUCUGCGGCUGGAUGCAGCUAGCCUCUGGCACCUGCCUGGUCCUGGGCUGCAUGAUCUUCCCUGACGGCUGGGACUCGGACGAGGUGAAGCGGAUGUGCGGGGAGCAGACGGACAAGUACACGCUGGGCGCCUGCUCGGUGCGCUGGGCCUACAUCCUGGCCAUCAUGGGCAUCCUGGACGCCCUCAUCCUCUCCUUCCUGGCCUUCGUUCUGGGCAACCGGCAGGACGGGCUGAUGGCCGAGGAGCUGCUGGGGGACGGCAAGGAGAGUGGAAAUGCCUAAAGCACAGACUGGUUUUGUUGCUGCCCAGUAGGGGGCAGUCUCAUGUUCCAGCUUAUAACCCACUACCCUGAGGGUGAGGGGCAAGGCUGUAGCUGUGGGAGGAGUCAAAAGGAAUGGUUGAAGCCGGGAGUCGCCUCGCAGCAACCACACCCCCCCCCCCCCCCCC